AUGGUUACUGCUAUGCAGUUGGACCAAAAUAAUCAUUUUGAAGAUACUCGAAGCACAACUUCAACUUUAGUCAGUGGAGAAAAUAGAAAUGAAGACGAAAGAAAUAAUACAAAUCAAAUUAGACAUGAAAAAAGACAUGACACAAAUGCUAAUCCUGAUCAACUUGUUCAAAAUGCUUUAAAAGACUGGAGACUGAAAGAGAGAAUAAAAACUGUAUCAGGCCUUUUAGUUGUUUGCCUUAAUAUCGGUACUGAUCCACCAGAUGUCGUCAAAACAAAUCCUUGUGCAAAAUUAGAAUGUUGGAUAGAUCCUUUUCUACUUAUUCCCCAAAAAUCACUGGAAGCUAUUGGAAAGAGUUUACAUAAUCAAUAUGAAACAAUCAAUGGACGUACACGAUUUAAAUUAUCACUCGACCCCUCAGUAGAAGAAACAAAGAAAGUAUGUUGUCAAAUGCGACGAAAUGCCAAAGAGGAACGUAUCUUAUUUCAUUAUAAUGGUCAUGGCGUCCAAAGCCUACCACCAGUGGCGAAAUUUGGGUAUUUAAUAGAAACUAUACACAGUAUUAUUCCAGUAUCAUUAUUUGAUUUGCAAUCAUGGUUAGGUUCACCUGUCAUUUAUGUCUGGGAUUGUUCCGCUGCUGGUAAUAUCAUUAACGCCUUUAAUCGCUUUGCAGAACAAAGAGAUAUUGAGACUUUAAGGUUAGCGCAACACAACAACAACAACAACAACACAGCAGCAGCAGCAACAACAACAGCAACACAGCAACAACAGCACUCAAAUAAUCAUGGAAUAGUAUCAGCAGCGCCUACACCAUUACCGGUGCAGCAGGUAUAUUGGAAAGAUAGUAUUCAGCUUGCAGCUUGUGGUCCUAAUGAGACAUUACCUAUGAACCCUGACCUACCUGCUGAUGUAUUUACAGCAUGUUUAACAACACCUAUUGAAAUGUCAUUAAGAUGGGACGAUCAACAGAGAGAACGUACACCAUUAGGUGAACUUAAUUGGAUAUUCACCGCUGUCACAGAUACCAUUGCUUGGUGUGUCCUACAAGACCAGCCAGAGCUUUUUAAACGACUCUUUCGACAAGAUUUAACUGUAGCUUCUAUGUUUAGAAAUUAUUUAUUAGCAGAACGAAUUAUGCGAUCUUACCAAUCUUGGGAUUUAGCAGUUGACAUGUGUCUUUUUCAAUUACCCGCUUUGAAGGCAGCUGAAGCAGGUGGUCCUAGUUACGAAUAUCAAUCCAGUACCUUUUUUUCAGAACAACUAACUGCCUUUGAAGUCUGGCUAUCAGAGGGUGCUGUAAAUCCCAAAAUCCCUGAACAACUGCCCAUUGUUCUACAAGUCUUGUUAAUGGGUAUCUUCCCCUAUGUGCUUAAACUCCUUCAAAGCCCUGCUGCAGAACUCAAACCAGUGUUAGUCUUUAUUUGGGCACGUAUCUUGGCUGUCGAUCGAUCAUGUCAAAACGAUCUCCUUAAAGAUCAUGGCUAUGCCUAUUUUAUCAAUAUCUUAACACCUAACAACGCCAUGCUCAGUAUUCCUCACGUCUCUGAGCAUCGUGCCAUGACUCAUGUGAACGAUUCAGAUCCACUCCUUCGUCAAUGGAUCUGUCUUUGUCUCGCUCAAGUCUGGAAGAAUAACAUAGAGGCCAAGACUGCUGCAAUUUCUGAAAAUGGUCAUGAAAAAUUAUGCACACUUUUGAACGAUCAUGUGCCCGAGGUACGUGCCUCAGCUAUGUAUGCGCUAGUUUCAGCAUUAACUGUCAUGUCGGAUGGAUCUCCUAUGGUUAGAAAGGAAUUUGUAAUUGCUCUUAGUCAUAUUGUAGAUCAAGCAGGCACAUCCAAGUUUUUGACAGCAGCAAGUCAAACAAUUGAAGAAGAACAACGUUUGUUUGUAAAUGAAGAUCAUGCACGCACCAAGAGCAUGUUAAGAGGAGGACGUCAAGUGCCUGGCGCAUUUGAUGGUAAUCACUUCUUUGGUAAUAGUUCGUCUAGUAGUUAUGAUUCUGUUUAUUCAGUGCUUUGGAAAGCUUUGUUGAAUUUAUCUGUCGAUCCUCACCCUGACGUUGCUAAAGCGGCUUCGAUUGUAGUGGAUCACAUAAAUAUGGCUUUGCUGAAUACGCCUAUGAUUGGUGAAUAUGCUUCAAACCUUGCACGUGAAGCUAUGAUGGCGGCUCAUCAGCAGCAACAACAGCAACAACAACAACAACAACAACAGCAGCAGCAGCAACAACAUCAACAGGAAAAUGCUAUAAAUGGUUUGGAUCGAUCUUAUUCACUUCAUUUAGGUGAGCAUGACAAAGGCAAUCAUAAACGUCCUCCUAAAUUAACACGAUCUGUUUCAUUUGCUUCGACAUUACGAACUUUUUACAAUUUUGGAAGCAAUCAACAUGAAUCACCGACGAGCCUAACAGAACAAUCAGCGAAAAAUAGUCAUCUAACUUCGAAACAUGAAGUGAAUCAUGUAGAAGAAACAAGCCAUACAUUACCUCUUACAUCUACUUUCUAUGAUUGGAGCUGUGAAUACUUCACGGAACCACAGAUGAGAGUAGCAGAAGCUGAUGAACCAGGAAGUGUUAUCUAUACCCAACGUAAAUGGCGACGAAGCCGGAAUGAAAAAAUUUUACAAGAAUCAAGCAUGAUGACAAAGAACCUAUCAGGACGUUGCUGGGAGGAACAGGUGAAUACGAUGUAUAAUGAUACAGAGGCCAGUCUACUGUUAUUACAUCAAUUUGAACCCCAUUUAGUAGCUGCUGAUCACCUAAAUUGUUUAGUAGUUUGGGAUUGGAAACAAGGAACGCCACUGAGUGUGAUUGAUAACCAUAAUCCAUCUCAAAGUCGCAUUACAGAUCUAAAAAUUAUGAUGGUAGUGGAGAAACAAGAGCAAGCUAUCUUAGUAAGCUCCUGGCGUCCUCUGAAAGAUAUGGAAAAGAGCAGUGCAAGACAAAGUGGACUAGUGACAGACUGGCAUCAAUCAAGAGUCUGGGAUGUACAUCAAGAAUUACCGGUCAUGGAUAUCUUUACACAAUCGGAAGGGUGUGUGACAAGUAUUACAGGCGAUCAAGUGAAUAGUAAUAUUAUCAUUGCAGGUUUUGGAGAUGGAUCUAUUGGUGUUUAUGAUCGACGUCUAAGCUCAGAUCAAGCACUUGUAAAGAAAUGGAAUGAACACAAAGCUUGGGUGACAGGUAUACAUUUACAAAGAGAAGGUAAUCGGGAACUAGUUUCCGGUGGAUUUGAAGGAGAAAUUAAGAUAUGGGAUAUUCGUGAAUCACGGUCAAUAAAAACCUUUGAAGCGCAUACACAUCAUGAGAUGACAGCAUUGGCAGUUCAUGAUCAUGCUAACAUUGUUGCAAGUGCUGGUGAUGAUCAAGUUGUCAAGCUAUGGAAUAUGAAUGGAAAUCGUUUAUCAACACUACAUCCAUCCUCCAGAUUCCUAGGACAAAAGUCUUCUUUUACUCGUACUUUAGCCUUCCAUCCUAAUUUAAUGCUCAUGGCUGCCAGUGGAAAUGACGGUUAUAUAACUUUGUAUGGAAUACAUUAAAUAUGCAUAACGUUACAUUUAUUUAGAUUGUUAUAUCAUCAGCCUUUAUACACACGAUUUAAAAUAAAAGCUUAUGAAUAUAAUGAAUUUACAUAGAGAACUCAACUUUAUAUCUAGAUGACUUGCAUUUGCUUCAUUUACUUGUAACAAUUUAUAAACCUUCUUUAGAAGAAAUUUGAAUAAAAAAAAAGGGAUACAUUUCAUCAUCUUAAGGAACUAAACAUGAAAC